GUUUCCUUAUAAGGAAAUAUGAUCUUGAGGAUGAUAAAUUACGUGGCAUUUCCCGAACCUGUGAUCAAGGGGAAGAACUCGACGCCGAAAUUCGCAUCAUCGAUGAGUUUCGCGACCUUAAUAAUAGUCAGGUUUUCGAACAUGUAUUUGGUCGUCGUAUGAUGGCUCUUAGACGCGGUGUGACGGUUCCACGAUCGCCAUCCGACUUUUUAGGGGUGGAUAGUCGUGAACUUAUGUACCCUUCGUUGCGCGAAACUUUACAUUCGGUUAUUAAUGAUAAUGCAGUUUCAAAAGAUAUUAACGAGUUGCAUCUGUUGGAUGUUGGCGCUGGAUCUGGAGAAGCUAUUGACUGGUUUUUUGCUAAAGAAUUAGAAGGAUGGGCUUGUGCAAAGGAGGAAGAUACAAAGAAUCGAAAAAUUUUCAUCCACGCCAUCGAACCGAAUCCCACUUUCUUAAAAGCAUACCAACAAAAAUUAUUGGAAUAUCAGUAUCUUAACCAAGGUAUGGUUUAUCAAGGUCCAAUUCAAGAUUAUCUUGGAAACGUUUGUAGCGAAACCUUGCCGAUGCCACCAGUUCCCGUUGACUUCAUAUUCGAUUUACAAAAAUACCUCAGAACUGAUUUUAAGAAACCAAACAUCGAUCCGAAACAAGACAUUAUCAAAUUUAUCACAUUCUCGUAUGGAUUAUUGAAACCCGGUGGUGCAAUAUAUAUUGCAUUUCUAGAUAUGAGUUCUGCUUUUGCAUCAUUGGCGUGUAAAUUUUAUGAAGAAAUCGUGGGGGAUUUUGAAACUCCGAAACGAAUUUCCCAAACGAUCAAAGCUAGAAAUGAGCUUCUAUACGAAGGAAAUAUCUUAGAGUUUCUAUUAGGUGAUGCGGAACAGAAAGAAAAAACUAGGCCAAAACUGAUUUCGCAUCGAUCACCAAGCGGAUUCUUUGCGCGCACUUUAUCCGACAUGGCCGUUUUAGCUCUAUCAGAACUAUUGGAAAUUGGUGAUAGCAAAUUUGAUAAAAGGGCAUUAGAUUUCAUGAUUACACAACUGAAAUUGGCGGUUCGCACACCUGGUGAAAAAAAACCGUUUGGGUUAACAAAAUGUAUUCGUGGAGGUGAGAAUGUUUGGAGAGUUGACCAUUCUUUGAUCAUUUGUGUGAUCCGUAAAGAAUUAAUGAUAGAUUAA